UGUUUAUGGACGUUGAUGGCAGCAGAGAAGUAUGACAUAAACUGUGAACUUGAUAACUUUUUGCAAGAACUGCUGAGAAACUUUGACGAAAUAACCGCCAUGGCUCUUCUUUUGAGAGGAGUAUGUAGGAACCAUCAGCUACUUGCCAGGAUGCAGCCCAUGAUGACAAGCAGGGUCACCAUGUCAAUGACGGCAAAGCAGGAGCAAGAUAAAUUCUGGGAUACGAACAAGAGACUGAACAGACCCAUGUCACCUCACCUCACCAUAUACAGCCCUCAAGUAACAUCCAUGCUGUCUAUUACACAUAGAGGAACAGGUGUUGGUCUCACAGUUGGCAUCUAUGCUCUGGGAUUAUCAAUGAGCGUCUUACCGCAUGACUUUGCACACUACCUGGAGAUGAUCAAGGCGCUCUCCUUUGGUCCAUCGCUUCUCUUUCUCACCAAGAUGGCCAUUGUCUGGCCAGUGGCUUUCCAUAGUCUCAAUGGCGUCAGGCAUUUGGCGUGGGACACUGGCUAUGGCUACGACAUCAAGACGUUGUACAAGACAGGCUACUUUGUGCUCGGUCUCUCGUUCGUAAUCACGGCCGGUAUUGCCAUGUUAUAAAGCAGAAUAUUAUUUAAGAUAAUUCAUGAGUCUAUGGUGUAAGCCACAUCAAUGCUGGGUUAGCCAUGUUAUGACUUAGAACAUGGUUAAAGAUUACUUAUAAGUCUAUCGUAUAUGCCAUAUCACUGUUGGUAUUGCCAGUUUACAAAUUAUAUUGUUGGAGAAAAGAAUCCAUGGCCGGACUUCAUGCAAGUAGUUUACCUUAAUCCAGGGUGCAAAGUCCAUAAGUGUACUAAGUGCAUGUCAUCAUACCCGUUUAACGGGCGUUAUAUACACUUCUGUGUUCCUAUUUACACUUAUUUUAGUUGAUGCGUUGGGGGAUGUCAAACCAUGGUUCAGACUUUGGGUUAAAUUCAAACCUCUUUGUAUGUGCGUGUGUGAACUCAACCCCAUGACUCUACAAUGAACACCAUGCUACAAUAUAAUUGGUAAUACUAUUCAAGAUCACUCAUGAGCCACUUGAAAUCAUGGAGGUCUGAACUUUUUCAUUCAAAGUUAAUCAAAAACUUUGAAAAAUACAUUGUUCCUCAAAAUCACUUCCUUCCGCUAUGCAUUGGAGACAUUACAAGAUGUUGAAUGUAGAGAAUAAAUAGAUAUACUAGUACAUGAAUAUGGAAAGAGAUUUGUAAUUGUGUUUAUACAUGUUUAUGUUAUGAGUGUGAUAAGGAGACUUUUAACCGCUUGUCCAUGCAGAUAUGAAGCUGUAAACCACAAGAUACAGAAAUGUAGAGCGUAUAAGACUUACGUCGUCAUGAAGAAGAAAAACAAACAGCGGUUUAUACUGUUUCAUAUCCGUGCAGGCAUUUAUUGUGCUCUUUAAAAUAUGUUAACUGGAGCUCAUUAAUCUAGGCAAGAAGUUGACAAUAAUAAAUCUUGUAUACAGCAUUAACCUUUGGUCAUGAGUAAACGUGUGAAAUUGCUUUGACCUUGAAUAACAAACUGCCUUCUUCUUCUUCUUCUUCUUCUUCUUCUUCUUCUUCUUCUUCUUCUUCUUUUUCUUCUUGUUCUGCUUGUUCCUUUUCCUCUUUCUCUUCUUAUUCUUCUCCUUCCUCUUCUUCUUUUUAUUCUACUACUUCUUCUACCAUCAUUUAGGCAGAUGCAAUUAUGAUUGCAGGAAAGUUUGCAUGUUGAUGUAUAUUUGUUUCAAUUUUAAGAAUACAACAUUCUUAAGUUGAACUGAAAUCAUUAAGUUCUAAGAAUGGAGACUAAUUCUUCUUAAAUUGCCUGCUAUUACACAUCUUUCCCACUUGUGUUCUUCAUUGCCUCAUUUUCCAAUGACAAUAUUGUGAAUUUCUCAUUGUCUUUGUAUUUCUCAGUGAAUUGUCAGCCUCGCAUAAUUGGUAAAGAGUGCAUUAAAAGUUACAGGAAAGAAAUGUAAUCUGACUGUGGUUCAUACAUAUAUAUAUAGCACCAUAUGACUCUAUAAUAAUAUAUGUGCAGACAAUUUCAAUAACAGAGUUUGUAUUUCUUAAAAAGAA